CGGGCCGGGCGGCGAUGGCGGCCGGGGCCGCGGCACGGGCCGCGCUGCUGCUGCUGCUCGGGGCAGCGGCGGCGCCGGGCCCGGUCCGGGGCUCGCAGGGGGACCGGGAGCCUCUGUACCGGGAGUGCCUGGGCCGCUGCGAGCGGCAGAACUGCUCGGGGGCGGCGCUGCGGCACUUCCGGGCGCGCCAGCCGCUCUACAUGGGCCUGACAGGCUGGACCUGCCGUGACGACUGCCAGUACCAGUGCAUGUGGGUGACCGUGCGGCUCUACCUGCAGGGGGGGCACCGGGUGCCCCAGUUCCACGGCAAGUGGCCCUUCUCCCGGUUCCUGUUCUUCCAGGAGCCGGCGUCUGCCUUCGCCUCCUUCCUGAACGGCCUGGCCAGCUUCCUCAUGCUGCUGCGCUACAAGGCGGCCGUGCCCCCCGCCUCCCCCAUGUACCCCACCUGCGUCGCCUUCGCCUGGGUCUCCUUAAACGCCUGGUUCUGGUCCAUGGUUUUCCACACCAGGGACACGGCUGUGACGGAGAAACUGGAUUAUUUCUGUGCAUCAGCCGUGAUCCUGCACUCCAUGUACCUGUGCUGCGUCAGGACGCUGGGGCUGCAGCGUCCGGCCUUAAUCAGCAUCUUCAGGGCCUUCCUCCUCCUCUUCCUCGCCUGCCACAUCUCCUACCUGACCCUCGUCCGCUUUGACUAUGGCUACAACAUGGCAGCCAACGUGGCCGUGGGGCUGCUGAACCUGUGCUGGUGGCUGCGGUGGUGGCUGCGGAGCCGCCUGCCCCACGCCUGGAAGGUGGGGGCGGCGGUGCUGGCGCUGCAGGCGCUGGCGCUGCUGGAGCUGCUCGACUUCCCGCCCCUGCUCUGGGUGCUGGACGCCCACGCCCUCUGGCACUUGGGCACCGUCCCCCUCAACGUCCUCUUCUACAGUUUCCUGGUGGAUGACAGCCUCUACCUCCUGAAGGCCAACUCUGACCUCUCCAAAGUGGACUAGAGCUGCCGGGGGGGGGGGGACACACAGCCCUUCGCCCCCCCCGGGGCCCUGUCCUGUGCCAAGUGACCCCCCCAGACUCCCCCAGCCAUCACCUCCUUCCCCCCGUUGCCUUCUGAGGUUUGCUUUUCUCACCACACCCCCACCCCACAUUUUCCCUCCUCGGGGUGCAGGGGGGGUGGGCACCCCCACUGCUGGCUGCAGAAGGGCUGAGGGCAGCUGAGACCCCCCCCCCCAGGGGUGUCGGUGCUGAGAUGUGGUCCCUCCCUGCCAUCGGGGGGGGCACAUCGGUGACUUGGGGGGUGAGGUCUAGGGGGGCUUUGCUGGGACCUGCUGGCUGCUGGGUGGCUUUUGCAGGGUGUGUGGGGGGGUGUCGUGUGGGGCUGGAGUGGUGCCUUGGGGAUGGGGGUUCCCCUGCUGGCUGUGCCCCCCCCCCCCUCCCCCUUCAACCUGAGAUGUGAAUAAAUUGAGUUCAACCUGUGCCCA